CGAUAUAAAGUUUAUUUUUGUGUUCAAUCUGCAAACCUUAAAAAAAUCAUGUGAUUGAGUUUUUUAUUUUACAAAAAUUAAUAUCUCAUUCUCAAUAUUAAAAGUUUAUUUGUUGCGUUUAUGCGUCCUAUGACUAACUUGACAUCUGUCAUUUAAUUUUAACCUAUAUCAGACCUGUCAAAAACACGUUCUUUUAGUUCUGCCUGCUGUCAAAGUAAAUAAAUAAAGUUUUUUUCUGAUAAUAUAUAAUCAAAAUGCCCAAACAUAAAAUUGAUAAACAAAAAGCUGUUACUUUCCAACUGGUACACAGAAGUCAGCAAGAUCCUUUGAUAGCAGAUGAGGAUGCACCCCAAAGGGUACUUUUGCCAAUUAAAGGCAAGCAGAGAAAUACUGAAGAUUUGUUUAAAAAUAAACAAAAAGCAGAGUCAAUUAUAGAUGAAGGGGAUGAUGAUGAAGACUUUAGUGAUGAUAUGGAAGAGUCAGAAGGCGAAGAUCAAGAAAAAGUGAAGGAAUUGAAGGUAAAGUUCAAAUUACCAACAACAGUGUUUCCAUCCGAGGUCGAGGAGGAGGUUGGAAUGCUAGGAAAGGCAGCUCCUGUAUCAGGUCCGCAGCUCCACUUGGAUCCAGAUGUAGUAGCUGCUAUGGAUGAGGACUUUGAUUACUCAGAUCCUGAAAACCAACUUGAAGACAACUUUAUAGAAUUAGCUAAUGCUGUUGGUUCAGGCCAUAUGAAUGAAGAUGAUGAUGAAUAUGAUGACAAUAUGUCGGGUUACAACUCUGAAGAUCUAGAUGAAGUUAAUUCCCUUUUAGGGUCUGAUGCGUCAUUUGAAAAAGAAGAAACUAAAUCCAGAUUUACAAAUUACUCAGUUACUAGUUCUGUUAUGAGAAGAAACGACCAACUUAGUUUGUUAGAUGAGCGGUUUGAAAAGAUGUUCGUUGGCUAUGAUGAAAAUGAAAUAGGGGCUUUAGAUUGUGAAGAAAUUGAAGGUGACGUAUCGGCAGAUGAUAUAUUACAACGUUGUGUAAACGAUUUUCAAAAGUCACAAACUAACGAAGAAUCAGAAAAGAAAGAUGUAGCGAAUAAAAUUAAGAAACAACUUGAAAUACACCCUGAGGAAGAAGAAUUUGUAGAAGUUGUUGAACAUCCAAAGGAAAAGUGGGACUGUGAGAGUAUUCUGAGUACUUAUUCUAAUAUUUAUAAUCAUCCGAAGUUGAUCUCAGAGCCAAAGACAGGAAAAAUUAAAAUAAACAAGAAGACUGGUGUGCCCAGCAACGUUUUCAAUACAAGCACCUUAACGUCUAAGGCUCUGAAUAAACUUAAUGAAGAAAAUGACAGGUUAGACUCAAAAACACCAUUGGAUCAACACACCGUUUCGCAACUGUCCCUGUAUUCAGUGCGUUCCAAGAACGAAACACCAGAAGAAAGAAAAGAAAGAAAGCAGAAACUGAAAGAAUAUAGGAGAGAAAGAAGGUGCGAAAAGAAAUUAAAUAGUGAAGCGUUCAAAGAAGAAACAAAGCGGCAGGUUAAGAUAGCAAUUAAUAAUAGAAAUAAUGUACAGGGAAAUAAAAUUUUAUAAGUAAAGAA